AAAUCCUUGUUUUCUGUUAUAUCCCAAAAUGUCUGAAAUUCAAAAUACUGAAAAUACAAAUGAAUGGAUAAAUUGGAUUGAAGAAGCCAUUGUUAAAGAAUAUUUUAAAUGUUAUGAAUACAAACAUUUUAGUAAUAUUCAAGAAGUUGGUUCCGGUGCUUUUGGAAAAGUUUAUCGUGCAAAUUGGAAAAAUUCGGAACAAUAUAUAGCUUUGAAAUCUUUUUUUAAUCUUAAUAACGUCACUGUAAAAGAAAUUGUACAUGAGCUUAAACUUCAACGAGAAAUGCAAUUUCAUGAUAAUGUUAUUAAAUUUUAUGGAAUCACAAAAUUUGAAUCAGAUAACCAAGAUGAUCUAUUAAAAAAAUAUUCAUUAGUUAUGGAAUAUGCAGAUUCUGGUACUCUUAAAAAUUAUUUGAAAAAAAACUUCAAUAAUCUUACCUGGGAUAAUAAAUACAACCUGGCGUAUCAGUUAGCUUGUGGAGUGUUAUGCUUACAUAAUGAAGGGAUCAUACAUCGUGAUUUGCAUUCUGAUAAUAUAUUGGUUCAUAGAAACACAAUAAAGGUGGCCGAUUUUGGGUUAUCAAAAAGAAUUGGGUCAUCAACCAAAAAUUCAAAGUUAUUUGGAAUAAUCCCUUAUGUCGAUCCAAAAAGAAUUGGUAAACGAAAAAAGGAUAAAAAUUCAACGCAAAUAUUCUCAUUUAAUGAAAAGAGUGACGUUUACAGUGUUGGAGUACUGUUAUGGGAAUUAUCUAGCGGUCGACCUCCUUUUUCUACUGAAGAUGAUGAAUAUGACGAUCUUGAUUUAGCUAUAGAAAUUUCACAAGGUCUCAGAGAAGACCCUAUUCCUGGUACUCCUGAAAAUUAUACAAAACUUUAUACCGAUUGCUGGAAUGGCGAACCAGAUAACCGUCCAACUAUAAAACAGGUGGUAGAAAGAUUAAGAUCAAUGAUUACAAAAACAAACAUGACGACAGAAAAUUAUCGACCUAAAUCAGGUUUUCAACCAUCGCCUAAACAAGAAUUUAAUACUUCAAGUGUCAAUAAUUCAUCAUAUCAUGGAGAAUUGUCUCGGGUUAUUCAAAAUUUUGAUAAAAUGAAUACAAAAGAAAUAAUAUCUGCAAUAUCAACAAAACAAAUAAUUAGUAAUGAGCCUAUUUUAUCUCAAAGGAAUUGGAGUGUAAUAAUUAAUGAAGCAAUAGCAUUUAUUUAUGAAUUAAAUAAUAAAGGAAAAGUAGCGUACAAACCUAUUUUUGAUAAUUAUUUUAAUAAUCAUAAUACAAAUUCACAAGAAAUUUAUAAUUGGUUGUUAAAUAAUCAAAAUGAUUCGGAUUCUAUUUUCUUACUUGGAUACUUUAAUUAUAUGGGAAUUGGAACUAAUGAAGAUAGUAAGAAGGCGUUUAACUUGUUUAUUAAUGCAUCAGAACAAGAUCAUAUAUUAGCACAAUAUUAUGUUGGAUCAUGUUAUCAAUUUAGUUAUGGGACCGUAAAAAAUGAAAAUUUAGCCUUUGAAUAUUAUAAGAAAAUAGCUAAUAAAGGGUGCGCAUUAGGAAUAUUUAAUAUUGGUUAUUUUUAUAGCCAAGGUAUAUGUAUUAAAAAGGAUUUAAAAAGAGCUGCUUAUUUAUAUGAAAAAGCAGCAGAGUUAGGAAAUAGUUUGGCUCAAUUUAACCUUGCUACAAUGUAUAUAAAUGGAGAAGGUAUUGACAAAGAUGAUAGCAAAGCUUUAACUUUACUUAAACAAUCAGCUGAAAGUGAAUAUUUGUGUGGAAUAAUAAUGUUAGGGUAUUAUUAUGAUAACCAAGUUGAGACUAGUAUUUAUAAGCGAAAAUUAUUUGAAUUAUAUCAUAAAUCAGCAAUUUCAGGAGAUAUGUUUGCUCAAUAUAAUCUUGCUCUCAUGUAUGAAAAUGGAGAUGGAAUUGAAAGAGAUAUAAAUCUAGCAAAUUAUUGGUAUAAACAAUCUGCUGGACAAGGUAAUCAAAAAGCUCAAAAUAACUUGAAAAAGUUAAGAAGAAAGUUUAAUAUGUUGAAUCUCAACAUCAUUACUACUUGAAUGUGACCUGAUGGCUUAAUCUAUUUAGCAUUAAAAAUUACUAAUUUAUACAAAAUAAAAAUAUUUAAGAUAGGAAUUUAAUGUAUUUUUAAAAACAAACAUAUCAUAAUUUAAUAUUUUAAAUAAAUCAAAU